AAAAUGCCAGUUAAAUACCACUGUGUAUGAAUUUAGUGAUCGGGUUAGAAAAAGAGCAUUACAUACAUCAAGCAGCAGGUCAAAAUUAAAAAAAAAAAAAAAGUGACAAAAAUUGGCUAACUCAAUUUUUUUCUCUCUCUUUAAAUGAGAGAAAAAAAAAAUUACAUAGAUUCAAUUAUAAAUUUAAAUAGUUAUAUUUAUAAUUUAAAAAAAAAAAAAAAAAACAUUGAUAUAAAUAAAUUAUUGUUAAGUGUCAUUGUUGUGUUAAUGACAGUACAAGAAGACAGCUGAGACGUGUCAAAGAUCAACAACCAAACCAGCCAAGAAGGCAAUUGAAUAAUUUUUAAUUUAUAUAUUUAUUUUUAUUACUUUUCUUUCACCUUAUUUAUAUUAUAUUUUUUUAUUUUUAUGAGCAGUUUGUGUAUGUGUGUGUUGUGUUUGAUAAGAAGAAAGACAAGUGUACUGUGUGUGUAACGAAACACUGAGGCAGUGAUACUCACAUACACAAAUAAAGUGUACUCACAUACUCAAAGCCUCAGUUUGGCAUCGUCCACUGGAGGAGGCUCAUGACGGUUACUCCUUAAUCAUUAAAAAAUAAAGUUAAAAAAAAAAAAAAUAUUUAUAAAUUUAUUAAACAUUGAUUAGACGGCGUUCUGCCUUGGUGAACGCUGUUGUUGUGUUGUUAUUGUUUUUUUUUUUUUUUUUCAAUAUUAAUAUUAUAAAUAUAUUAAUUAUUAUUUUAUUGUAAUUGUUUAUUAAUUAAUUAAAACAUAAAAAAUGGCUGGUAAUUCUGGUAUGGAGCAAUUGAUACCAAUUGUUAAUAAACUUCAGGAUGCUUUUACACAACUUGGUGUAUCUAUGCAACUUGAUUUACCACAAAUUGCUGUUGUUGGUGGACAAAGUGCUGGUAAAAGUUCAGUACUUGAAAAUUUUGUUGGAAAAGAUUUUCUGCCAAGAGGAUCUGGAAUCGUCACGAGACGACCAUUGAUUUUACAACUCAUCAACAGUAUCACUGAAUCAGCUGAAUUUCUUCAUUGUAAAGGAAAAAAAUUUGUUGAUUUUGAUGAAGUAAGAAAAGAAAUUGAAGCUGAAACAGACAGAGUUACUGGAAAUAAUAAAGGAAUAUCAAAUAUUCCAAUAAAUUUACGUGUUUAUUCACCAAAUGUAUUGAAUUUAACACUUAUUGAUUUACCUGGUUUGACUAAAGUACCAAUUGGUGAUCAACCAGCUGACAUUGAAAAUCAAAUAAAAGCCAUGAUAUUUCAAUUUAUCAGAAAAGAUAAUUGUUUAAUAUUAGCUGUAACACCAGCAAAUACUGAUUUAGCUAAUAGUGAUGCACUUAAACUUGCCAAGGAAGUUGAUCCUCAAGGUGUAAGAACAAUUGGUGUUAUAACAAAAUUGGAUUUGAUGGAUGAAGGUACAGAUGCACGUGAUAUUUUGGAAAAUAAAUUAUUGCCAUUAAGACGAGGCUAUAUUGGUGUUGUUAAUCGUAGUCAAAAAGAUAUUGAAGGAAGAAAAGAUAUUAAAAAUGCACUUGCUGCUGAAAGAAAAUUUUUCCUUAGUCAUCCAUCUUAUCGACAUCUUGCUGAUAGACUUGGUACACCAUUUUUACAACGUGCAUUAAAUCAACAAUUAACAAAUCACAUACGUGAUACAUUACCAGCAUUACGUGAUCGAUUACAAAAACAACAGCUUACACUUGAAAAAGAUGUUGAACAAUAUAAACAUUUUAGACCUGAUGAUCCAGCCAUUAAAACAAAAGCAAUGUUACAAAUGAUUCAACAGCUUCAGUCAGAUUUUGAAAGAACAAUUGAAGGUUCUGGCUCAGCCCAGAUAAAUACAAUGGAAUUAAGUGGUGGUGCAAAAAUAAAUCGAUUGUUUCAUGAAAGAUUUCCAUUUGAAAUUGUCAAAAUGGAAUUUGAUGAAAAAGAAUUACGAAGAGAAAUUGCAUUUGCAAUCAGAAAUAUUCAUGGUAUUAGGGUUGGUUUAUUCACACCUGAUAUGGCAUUUGAAGCAAUUGUCAAAAAACAAAUUGAUCGUCUCAAAGAACCAAGUCUAAAAUGUGUUGAUCUAGUCGUGCAAGAACUCAGCAAUGUAGUACGCAUUUGUACUGAUCGAAUGGCACGCUAUCCAAGAUUACGAGAAGAAACUGAGAGAAUAAUAACAAGCUAUGUAAGACAACGUGAUCAAUUGUGCAAGGAACAACUGGUCCUCUUGGUUGAUUGUGAACUUGCAUAUAUGAAUACUAAUCAUGAAGAUUUUAUUGGAUUUGCCAACGCGGCGGCCAGUAUCUAUAACGCAAGUGCUCAACAAUCAUCAGAAAAUGCUGUUAAAGCUGGUCGACAUACACUUGGUAAUCAAGUCAUACGCAAGGGUUAUAUGUGUAUUCAUAAUUUGGGUAUUAUGAAAGGUGGAUCAAGAGAUUAUUGGUUUGUCUUGACAUCUGAGAGUAUUUCAUGGUUUAAAGAUGAAGAAGAACGUGAAAAAAAAUAUAUGCUACCACUUGAUGGAUUAAAACUUCGUGAUCUUGAACAAGGUUUUAUGUCACGACGACAUUUAUUUGCAUUAUUUAAUCCAGAAGGACGAAAUGUUUAUAAAGACUAUAAACAACUUGAAUUGAGUUGUGAGACUCAGGAUGAUGUUGAUUCAUGGAAGGCUUCAUUUCUCAGAGCUGGUGUUUAUCCAGAAAAAGCAACAGAGUCAGCCAACGGUGAUGGCGAGGGUGGAUCUGAAGCACAAUCAUCAAUGGAUCCACAAUUGGAACGACAAGUUGAAACAAUAAGAAAUUUAGUUGAUUCUUAUAUGAAAAUUGUUACAAAAACAACACGUGAUCUUGUACCAAAAACAAUUAUGCAUUUAAUUAUAAAUAAUGCUAAAGAUUUUAUAAAUGGUGAAUUAUUGGCACAUCUUUAUGCAAGUGGUGAUCAAUCAUCAAUGAUGGAAGAAUCACAAGAAGAAGCCCAAAAACGUGAAGAAAUGUUACGAAUGUAUCAUGCAUGCAAAGAAGCACUUCGAAUAAUUGGUGACGUAUCAAUGGCAACUGUAACAACACCAGUACCACCACCAGUCAAAAAUGAUUGGCUUGCAUCGGCAGAAAAUCCAAGAUUAUCACCACCAUCACCUGGUGGACCAAGACGAGGAGUUAGUCAACCACCAGCACCAGCAAGUGCACGUGCACCACCACCAGUACCAGGUGGUGGAAGACCAGCACCAGCAAUUCCAAAUAGACCUGGACCUGGUGGUGCACCACCACCACGUGGACAAGGUGGAGCUUUACCACCACCACUCAUUCCAUCUAAAUAAUUAUUAAAUUAAAUCUCGCAUCAUCUGGGCUUUGGUGCUAACUUCACUUUCUAUUGCAGGCGCCGACAAUAAGUCUACGCACUAACACGUCUUUUCUUCACCUAAUUAAUAAACAUUAUAUCUGUUGCAUUUAAUAUAUAAUUAUUAACGUUUGGUAAAUAAAAUUUCCUCCCUUUUUCUUUAAAAAAAUAAUAAUAAAUUAUUUGAAAUAAAACAUAAUAACAAAAGAUAAUUAAAAAAAAAAACAAAAUUAUGUAAAAGCUCGCUUCGUGUUUAUAUUUUUAAUUUUGAAAUGAAUUUUAUUUUUUGAAAGAAUAAUAUAAUAUUUAUAUUGUUAAUAUACAAUGUGAAAAAAUUUGAAAGAGUUUAAUCAUCUAUAGUAAAAAAUUAUAUAUUAUAUCAUUGAGCUCAUUGAGUUUGAUGGUCCUAUAUUAUUGGGCCUACCGAAUGUUAUUUUUUUUUUGUUUUUUUUUUGUCUAAUUGUUUUUCAUCUUCUGCAAUCAGUAUUUUCAUGAAAAUAAUUUUUUUUUUUUAACUAACAGCAUGGCAUUUUUUAAAUAUGUCAAUCACUAUCGAUAAAUCAUUGCAAUUGCUUAUUUUUCCUAUCACGUCAUUCUUCAAAUAUCAUGUUAAAUGAGCUAAAUUAAAAUAUAAUAUUGCUUGGAAAUUAAUUCAUAAUAUAUCAUGGAAUUUGGUAAAUUUAAAUAAAAAAAAUAUUGUUAAUGUCGGUGCCUGCAUAUAUUGUUAAGAAAAAAAUACACUUAGAUGCAACAAAAAUAAUUUAUAAAAUAUAAGAAAAAAAAAAAAAAGAAUUGUGGAUAGACAACAGUAGCUCAAAAACUGUUUGUACGUGUCAUGUUUAGUCGUGGUGGCCUGCAACAGAGAGUGACACAGGCAGCAACACAAGCCGCUGCAAAUGCUGCUGUGAACGAGUUAAUGGAUGCAUUCCGGAUCAAGUAAAUAAAUGAAUAAAAAAAAAACAAAAAAAUAUAUAUAAUUAUAUUAAAUAGUGCUUUUUGUGUGCGUAAAGAAAAUAAUAGUUUUUAAAAAAAAAUAAAAUUAUUUACAUGUUAUCGUGUGAAUGACACGCUCUCUAAUGAAUAUUACAAAAAUAAUUUUUUUUAGUAAUACGGUAGACUAUUCAGGAUUGAGUAUUUUUAAUUAAAUUUAAAUUUUUUUUAUUUUUUAAUUUUUAAUAAACAACUAUCUAUCUGUGCAUGGAUAUAUUUUUUUUUAUUAAUUUGACAAUUUUUAACUUUAAUUUUCUUCUUUUUUUUUCAAUUAAAAAGGUUAAAUAAUAUUUAAAACAAAAAAAUUAAACUAACAUUAUUCUUGUCCUGAAAAGUCUAUCAAAACCCUUGGAUUAUAUUAUUGUUAAAUACUAUAAUCUAUGCUGAUUAAUUAAACUAUUCAUUCUACGACAUUCUAUUAUAAAAAUUCCAUCUGCAUAUGCAUUUAUUCCAUGUUAUUAAACUAUAUAAAUAGAUAAUAAUAAUCAAUGUAUUGUUAAUGAAUAACAAAAAAAAAAAAAAAAAGACAAAAAUGUCAUGCUGUUGAAUGAACAAUUAAAUGAAUUGUUAUAACUUUUUUGAUUAAUUUUAUGAUUGCGAAUGACAAGGUUAUACACAGGUUAAAUAAUUCCAUUUAAUUUGAAUAUAUUUAAUAAUGUAUCUGUAAUAAAUUCCAAUUACAUUGAUAAUAAUUUAAUUAUCAAUUUUUAUUAUUUUUUAAUAGGCCUAAUUUCAAAAUAUUUUCAUCAAAAUUAAUAUCCAUUCAUUUUAAUAGAAAAAAAAAAAAGAAUUAUUGUUGUUGUGUAAAUUAUAUUGAUUAAUAAUUUUUAAUAUUUAUUGUGUAACUGUGACUCAUGUUCGGUAGGCCAAUGAAAAUAUUCCAAUAAUUUUAUUAAAUAUAUAUUUAAAUGAUAAAUUUAAAAAAAAAAAAAAAAAAUAGCCCAAUUUUAAACGAAUUCCUUUUACAAAAUAAAAUUUAAAAAAAAUUCCAAUCUUAGCGUUACAACGUUAAUUAAAAAAAAAAGCAUAUCAGUUUGAAAAAUCUGUUGGCAAAAAAAAAAAAAAAGAAAGAAACAAGAACAACGAAUGUCGUUGAAGCGAAAAAUAAAAUUUAAAAAAAAGAUAGCUACUGAAUUGUUAUAUAUUUAUUAAACAGCAAAAUCGCGGGUUGAUAAUUUAAAUAAAAAAAAUCUUGAAAUGGGUACGCUUCUUUUUGACAUUUAACAAGUCAAUUAAUAUCGCUUAAUUAUUACCAAUAAAUUUUAAGUGGAUAAUAAAAUUUGACCAGAUUUAUAACUUCUAUGGUAUUUAAUUUUUUAAUUUUUAAAAGAUUAAAUUUAAAAAAAAAAAUGAAUAAAUGGAACAUAUAUUAGGAGCGUACUCAUAGAUUUAUAAAUUCAACAAAUAUUAUUACUACAAUUAAAAUAGAGGGCUUUGUUAUCGUUGUUGAUUAAAAAAAAAAAAAAAAUAUACCAUCCAAAUGCACUCAAGUUUAAAAUGCCUGCUUACUGUGACAGUUUAAAAAAUAAAAUUAUUUUAAAAAACUAAAAGCAAA